AUGAGAGUCAUCUCACCACCAACAUCCACCCCGGGCCAGCUGCCUGUCGACAUUCAGGCCCUGGUCAACCAGACCAUCAGCUCCCUCAAAGACCUUGUGCCUCCGACCGCCUCCAUUGUGAAGGACACGAUCAAGGAUGCCAUCUUCCAAGCCAUCGAUGCGAUCGAUGCGGAUAUGCGAGAGCUCAACCUGGCCAUACAUGAAAAUCCCGAGCUUGGAUUCAAAGAGUUUAAAGCCCACGAGAACUUGGUAGCGAGCUUGAACAAGCUAGACUUUGAUGUGACCAAUCCCUCCAGUCUCUCCACCGCAUUUGUCGCCUCCUACACUCACGGAGAGAACGGCCGGGUUUUCGGAUUCAACUCUGAAUUCGAUGCUCUACCCAACGUUGGCCAUGGCAAGUCAUAUGUGUCCUUGAUUGCCUGCGGACAUAACCUAAUCGCUGUGGUAGGCGUUGCCGCGGCUGUUGGGCUCAAAGCUGCCUUAAAAGCCUGCAACAUAGCAGGGACUGUCAAGCUUAUCGGCACGCCUGCGGAGGAGGGUGGCGGUGGAAAGGUCAUUCUCCUCAGGGAAGGUAUCUACGACGACCUCGACGCAUGUGCCAUGGCUCAUCCUGGAGGUGGAUCCGGGCCGCCCGAGUAUGAGGGAUCAUGUACAGUCGGCGGGCCGGGCACUUUGGCCAGGGCUGGGUUUGAGAUUGAGUUUUUCGGCAGGGGCGCUCAUGCCGGCGCCGCUCCCUGGAUGGGUAUCAAUGCUCUUGAUGCUGCCGUGCAAGGCUAUACCGCAGUGUCGAUGUUGCGGCAGCAGCUCGAGCCCACUAUGCGAGUCCACGGCAUCAUCCUAGGGUCGGAGCAGUGGGCGCAGAACAUUAUCCCUAGUUAUUCCAAGGUGUCAUACAGCACGAGAGCGUUGGACGUCAAGAGCUGUCUGGAGCUUCGAGACAAGGUCGUUGCGUGCUUCAAAGCAGCUGCCGAGGCUACUGGCUGUACAAUGGAAGUCAAAGCUGAAGAGGAUGAGGUAUACGCCGACUUGAGGAAUAACGAGCCAAUGGCCUACUCAUACCAAGCUUUCAUGGAAAAUGUUAUCGGACAAAAGAUCACCAUGGGUGGGAUGUCCACAGCAAGUACAGAUUUUGGCAACGUCUGCUACAAAGUCCCCGCCAUUCAUCCCGGUUUCGAGAUACCAUGUCCUCUUGGGUCUGGCAACCACACGGCAGGCUUCACCGAGUCGGCCGGCAAGCUCGAAGCCCACAAGCUGGCCAUGAAGGUGGCCAAGGGACUGGCAGCUGUCGGGGCCAAGUUCCUGGUGGACGAUUCGUUUGCAGACGAGACGAAAAAGGCCUUUGAAAGGUUCAAGAAGGGCAAGGGACGAAAGUGUGAAUGA